GCACAGAUUUAGAACAUCCCGAGAGAAAGGGGAGUCACAGGUGGAAGGAGAGCAGAGAACAUUGAGAUCCAAGUGUGUUGUGAGAUGCGGGAGGCCGUGGUAGAAGGGUGCUGAGACUAAGGCAGACUGGAAUUCCCCUGGGGAGGGGUGUUGACAGAAUUAAGAAGUUUCUGCAAGAGUUUUACCAGGAUGACGAAUUUGGAAAGAAGCAGUUCAAGUAUGAAAGUCAGUUGGCUCAGCUGGCUCAUCGGGAACAAGUGGCAAUGUACGUGGACCUGGAUGACCUAGCUGAGGAUGACCCUGAGCUGGUGGACUCAAUUUGUGAGAAUGCAAAGCGCUAUGUGAGACUCUUUGCUGACACUGUACAAGAGCUCCUGCCUCAGUACAAGGAGAGGGAGGUGGUAAAUAAAGAUGUUCUGGAUGUUUACAUUGAGCAUCGGUUGAUGAUGGAACAGCGGAGCCGGGACCCUGGGGCAGCCCGAAGCCCCCAGAACCAGUAUCCUCCUGAGCUCAUGCGCAGAUUUGAGCUGUACUUUCAAGGUCCAAGCAGCAACAAGCCUCGUGUGAUCCGGGAAGUACGGGCUGAUUCUGUGGGAAAGUUGGUUACUGUGCGUGGAAUUGUCACUCGUGUCUCUGAAGUCAAACCCAGGAUGGUAGUGGCUACUUACACGUGCGACCAGUGUGGGGCAGAGACUUACCAACCAAUCCAGGCUCCCACUUUUAUGCCCCUGAUCAUGUGUCCGAGCCAGGAGUGCCAAACCAACCGCUCAGGAGGACGGCUGUAUUUGCAGACGCGUGGCUCCAAAUUCAUCAAAUUCCAGGAGAUGAAGAUGCAAGAACAUAGUGACCAAGUACCAGUGGGAAACAUCCCUCGCAGUAUCACAGUGAUGGUAGAAGGAGAGAACACAAGGAUUGCUCAGCCUGGGGACCAUGUCAGUGUCACUGGUAUCUUCUUGCCAGUCUUGCGCACAGACUUUCGACAGGUAGUCCAGGGCUUGCUCUCAGAAACUUACCUGGAAGCACACCGAAUUGUGAAGAUGAAUAAGAGUGAGGACGAUGAAGUUGGGGCUGGCGAGCUGAGCAGGGAGGAGCUGAGGCAAAUUGCAGAGGAGGAUUUUUAUGAAAAGCUGGCUGCUUCUAUUGCCCCAGAGAUAUAUGGGCAUGAAGAUGUAAAGAAGGCCCUCUUAUUGCUGCUGGUGGGUGGUGUGGACCAGUCUCCUCGAGGCAUGAAAAUCAGAGGCAACAUCAACAUCUGCCUGAUGGGGGAUCCUGGUGUGGCCAAGUCUCAGCUGCUGUCUUACAUUGAUCGCCUGGCACCCCGCAGCCAGUAUACAACAGGCCGGGGCUCCUCUGGAGUAGGGCUCACUGCAGCUGUUCUGAGAGACUCUGUGAGCAGAGAGCUGACCUUAGAGGGCGGGGCCCUGGUGCUGGCUGACCAGGGCGUGUGCUGCAUCGAUGAGUUCGACAAGAUGGCCGAGGCUGACCGCACAGCCAUCCAUGAAGUCAUGGAGCAGCAGACCAUCUCCAUUGCCAAGGCUGGCAUUCUCACCACACUCAAUGCCCGCUGCUCCAUCCUGGCCGCUGCCAAUCCUGCCUAUGGGCGCUACAAUCCCCGCCGCAGCCUGGAACAGAACAUACAGCUUCCGGCUGCACUGCUCUCUCGAUUUGACCUUCUCUGGCUGAUUCAGGACCGGCCUGACCGAGACAAUGACCUCCGGUUGGCCCAGCACAUCACUUACGUGCACCAGCACAGCCGGCAACCCCCUGCCAAGUUUGAACCUUUGGACAUGAAGCUUAUGAGACGGUACAUAGCUAUGUGCCGCGAGAAGCAGCCCACUGUGCCCGAGUCUCUGGCUGACUAUAUCACAGCAGCGUAUGUGGAGAUGAGGCGAGAGGCUUGGGCUAGUAAGGAUGCCACCUAUACCUCUGCCCGGACCCUGCUGGCUAUCCUCCGACUUUCCACUGCCUUGGCACGCCUGCGAAUGGUGGACACAGUAGAGAAGGAAGAUGUGAACGAAGCCAUAAGACUAAUGGAGAUGUCAAAGGACUCACUGCUAGGCGACAAGGGGCAGACAGCUAGGACCCAGAGGCCAGCAGAUGUGAUAUUUGCCACUGUCCGUGAACUGGUCUCAGGGGGCCGAAGUGUCCGGUUUUCUGAGGCAGAGCAGCGCUGCAUAUCACGUGGCUUCACACCUGCCCAAUUCCAAGCGGCUCUAGACGAAUACGAGGAGUUAAAUGUCUGGCAGGUCAAUGCUUCGCGCACACGGAUCACCUUUGUCUGAUGACAUCCUGUGGGGGACGCUGGGCCCCACUUGUGAUGGAAUUCUAAGCUGCCCCUUCUUAAGGUGUAAUAUCCUGAAGGAGAUGGAGACCCCCCUUUUUCCCACAUUGUACUUCCUUUCAUGCUUUUUGCUAAUAAAGUUACAUUGAGUGUCAUUUUCCAAACUAUGCCUACUUCAGCAGUUUGAUGUAUAGGCUCAUACAGUGUGAUUGUUUUGAUUUCAUCCACUCAAAAUGAUGUAACUGAUGUCUUAACCUCUAAGCACAAGUAUAGACUGAGAAGCAGCCAGAAAAUACCCUGUCCCUGCUGUAACAGCUUUAGUUUAGGCUGGGGCUUCACUUUUUCAUAUGCCCUUCCUGUUUUCCUUCUCAGGCUCCUGCCCCUUUUUGCCCCCUAACCUCAGUGUGUCCCAGUCACUGGAUACAGCACCCAUAUGAGUUGCCAGCUUCAUUCUGUUUUGUCACUGAGUCAGGCUGGUGGAGUGCUGGGAUUGCAGGUGUGUGCCAACACUCCCAGUCCAGUUACUCUUACUGGAAUCUAGCCUAAAGGCUUUGUGUACAAUGCAAACAGGUGCCUCUGCCUCCUGAGUAGUUGGGCUUACAGUGCACCACAUUUGGCUUGUUUCUUAAAUGUUCCCAUCACACACUUGGCUCAUGGGUCAACUCUUACAGCCCUAUUUGAGAAUAUAAAUGGGAACUGCAGUGAUGUGGGAGUGUAUGGCCUGGCACACAAGUGUAUACAUUCAAUCUAAUCUUUAAAGACCCCUUCCUGGCCUCAUCUGUAAAACAGGACACUGCC